GACAUACUCGAGUUCAAACGACUAUAGUCGCGAUUCCUUUCUACUUACACAUCGCAGAUCGAAUUCCCUUUCUAGGAAUCUAAUAGCGAAUAUCGAGGGAGCGACCGUAACGAUCUCUUUUUUCCCACUUCGAUUCCAACCAAGCGCUUUGGUAUUCGACUUAGCGACACAGAUACCGCCGUCUCGCGAUGUUACUACCUUUAACCCUCGCGUGAACCUUUCUUGCGAUAUCGAUCCGUCGUUUCGUCAGCCCCGAAGCCGCGUAUACCCCACCAAUUGGUUCGAUAUGAUGUUAGCGGUACAACCCCGUCGGUUACUUUCGCGACCGAGGGGUCUUUUGUUCCUUGCGGUCUUUGCGGGAACUUUAUAUUGGCUUCUACUACAUGGGCCUAGCAGUUUACACACUGCGAGGUGGUAUGAUGGAAGUGCUGGACCAGUACAGGCUCCUCUAAAGAGUGAUAAUGGAGCCAACAAUGCUCCUGCGCCGGUGAAUGAACAACCUAGCGGUGACGACCAAAAUCAACCGCCUCAAGUUCAGGUACAGGAAAAGACAGAAGAGGAGAAAAAGAAGGAAGAAGAGGAGCAUAGAGAAGAAAACCUAAGGGUCCAAUUCGACAGCGAAUAUAAUAUGCUUGCUAGCGAACCCGGUGCCGACGCUAUAUACGGACAAACGCUCAACACUCUCGACCCCACUAAGAAGCGAUCCUUAACCAUUGAAGAACACUUGAAACCUGCCAAAGAGAAGACCUAUUUCAGCGAACACCAACCCUAUAUCUACAACCCAUAUCCGAAAUAUAAUGAGAAGACUUGGCUUACCGAAAGAGCCCAAUACGUACCCUGCGAGGGUCCAGCUGGCAAGACGGUAGGAGAUGUGCGAGUUUUCAAGGGACAGCCUAAGUACUUCCCUGAACCUGGAUUUGGGAGCUAUGAUGUUCUUGGUAUGGAUGGGAACCUAUGCUAUGAGCGUGAAACACGACUCAGCAUGUAUGGCUUCCAAGCAGACAACGAUACUUCGACUCCAUCGAUUGACUGGGAUAAAAUACGCUGGGGUCAAUUGCAGGAGAAAUGCGCCCAGAAAAACAAGGCUCGAUAUAACAUGAAGGGACAUUCGAAUCCCUAUCUUACGUCGGUCUAUUCACGCCAUAAUUCAAGCGCCCCUACCUUAGAUGGUAGCGACUUUGAUCUGCCCGAACUAACCCGUCGUGGAGAUGACCUAGGGGACGGGAGCCCGUCCUUGCAACGAAAGAGGGGCGUUGUCCAGCCAUCCAAGCCUGGAAAGAACAAGCCGAUUGCGGGUUCUGAAUCAAGGACUGCACUUUUAUUACGGACGUAUACCGGCAAGGAUUACAGUGACAACGAUAUGCAGGUUAUUCGGUCACUGAUAACUGAACUUUCGCUACAUACUGGUGGUCAAUAUCAAGUGUUCCUUUUUGUCCAUGUUAAGGAUACUUCGUAUGCGAUUUGGGAUGAUGAGGCAACAUAUCAAUAUGUUCUCGAGAGGAAUAUUCCCCCAGAGUUCAGGGACAUUGCGGUCCUCUGGAAUGACGAAGCGACGCAGACUAUGUACCCUAAGAUCGACCCUAAGAAGGCGACGGUACACGUCUCGCAGUGGCUAUCCGUCCAGAAGUUCGCCCAGGAGUUCCCCGAAUUCGACUAUAUCUGGAAUUGGGAAAUCGACGCAAGAGUAACAGGCCAUAACUACGAUUUUGUUGAGAAACUAGCCACUUUUGCUAAACGACAACCUCGUCGAGGAUUAUGGGAGCGUAAUGAACGCUAUUAUAUCCCAUCUAUUCAUGGCGAUUAUGACACGCAAUUCCGUAAGGAAGUCGAGCGUGUAUCUGGGGAGGAAACAAUCUGGGGUCCUCCGAAAUUGCCCUUUGUUAACCCCGUCGGUCCGAAGCCUCCCGUUGCAAAGCCGGAAGAUGACAACUACAAGUGGGGUGUGGGUGAAGAGGCAGAUCUGAUUACUGUCGCACCUAUUUUCAAUCCCAUCAACAGUUCAUGGAUCAGUGGUAACGAGCUUUGGGGAUUCAACGAUUCCACUCAUGAGACUACCGAUUUACCGAGAAGAGCGACCAUUGUUACGCAUUCGAGAGUUUCCAAGAGGCUCCUUGAUAUCAUGCAUGUCGAGAACCUUCGAGGGAAUCAUAUCUCAUCGGAAAUGGUUACGCAAACUACUGCGCUCCUUCAUGGCUUAAAAGCUGUUUAUGCCCCAAUGCCUGUUUUCUUCGAUAGGCCUUGGAGCGGUAAAGACCUCGCUCGGUGGUUCAAUGGCGGCCUUAAGGGUGAAAGCGGAGGUGUUGGGUGCGCUAUGGGCUGGGGACGAGAAGCAAGAUAUCGUGGAACCACAUGGUAUUAUCGGGCCAAUCCACCGCAACGAAUGUAUCUCAAUUUUAUGGGAUGGGAAGACACCAAUGUCGGUGGUAAGGAUUGGGAGGAUGACCACGGACGCCCUUGCUUGCCUCCGAUGUUGCUUCACCCCGUAAAGGACAUCGAACCGACGGAGCCCGGAUACAAGAGCGAGUCGAAUCUUCCAUACUCUUGAACAAAUGAGCACCUAGCAUGAUAAACACCUAGGUUAGUUACAACCUAUUUGCUGGGCGAGGUUCAAGAAUUUUCGCCGACUUCGAGCGGGCUAAGCCUUUGGAACCCCGACAAAUCCUUGGAAUUCAGCAUUUCCUACCAGAAUGACGAACUUUACCAUAUUUAGUCCGACGAUUGAAUCGACCACCCACAUGCGCCAUCAUGCCCAGGUCGGAGUCGGAUCGCCCGAACGAUGCCGACAGAUCAUGACCCUUCGGUCCGAACAAGACCGCUCGGAGUAAUCAUUCAAAGCCACCGAAGAGUAUUAUCAGAUCUUCGUCAAUUUUCUAUAAACCAUCAUUAGAACGUCGAGUACCUUUAAACGUAGCUCGAACAAGACAAGAAAGAAUUCAAGAUGCCAAUACAAGCAUCACAAACAAUUUUACAUAUAUCGCAUUAUCGGCGUUUCGCAUAACCUGGCAACAGGUUUUUACAUUUACAUCAGGCACACGAGCGAGCUAUGUCUCGGCUAUGAACAAGGAAAUACCACUACAAUGUAUGAUUUCCUAAUAGGAUCGGUUACGAACCAAACUAUACCCAAUUCCCCAGUCCUAGAUGGAUUGGGACGAGAUGAGACGUAUUGCAGGGGCUUCAAGGUAGAUAUGUCAGAUUAGGUACAUACCCAACUUCGAAUGAACAUAUUUUGAGAAGUUAAAUCAACCAUUAUCC